ACGCACUGUGCUACACGUCGUCGUCGGCUACCUUUGUCCACGACACUAUAUAGCUGUCGCUGAGCUCGAGACUUCCUCUCAUUCUCUUUCCACAUCGCCCCGAGAUCCAUCUGCUCCGUUUCUUGGGUUUCUCGGUGCUUUGGUGCUCUGCUACGCGUUCCGUUGCCCUUGUUGACACCAGGAGAAGUCGGAGGCUUCACGAGGGGGCUAGCUAGCUGGACUUUGGAAGCGAUCAAAAAUGACGAUCUGCGCGGGCUUCGACUCCUACCGGGCCUCGCCGGCGGACAUGCGGGUCGUGACGUCGGACGGGCAGAGCAUCGCUGCGCAUUCCUACGUUCUUGUAAGCCACUCUGCCGCUUGUUUGAUUUAUGCGGCGGAUCUUGCCUUGUGCGUUGUUGUUGAAUCGUUGGCUAAUUCCAAAUCGGGCGGCGGUAUGCAGGCCUCGGCGUCGCCGGUGCUGGAGCGGAUGAUCGACAGGGCGCAGCGCGGGUGGGGCGCCGAGUGCACCAUCCCCGUCCUCGGCGUCUCCUUCGACGCCGUCCACGCCUUCAUCCACUUCCUCUACUCCCCCAAGUCCAGGGUGGUGCCCGCGGAGGAGGAGGCGGUGGGCGCCAACUGGGCGCAGCUGCUGGCGCUGGCGCACGCGUACCGGGUGGGGUGGCUGAAGCGGGCGGCGGAGGCGGCCGUGUCGGCGCGCCUCACGCCGGAGCGCGCCGUGGACAUGCUGAAGCUGGCGAGGCUCUGCGACGCGCCGCGGCUGUACAUGCGGUGCGCGCGCCUCGCGGCCAAGGAGUUCGCGGCCGUGGAGCAGUCCGACGGUUGGCGCUUCGCGCGGCGCCACGACGCCGCGCUCGAGCUCGAGCUCCUCACGCUCCUGGAGGACGCCGACCAGCGGAGCGAGCGUUGGGCGCGCGAGAGGGCCGCGCAGGAGGCGUGCCGGCAGCUCGGCGAGGCCAUGGCCUCCCUCGAGCACAUCUUCCCCGGCGAGUCCGGCGCCAAGGCCGCCUGCGCGGACGCGGACGCGCCGUGCGCGAGGGCGGGGUGCACGUGCCGGGGCCUUCAGGUCCUGAUGCGGCACUUCGCGACGUGCCCGAAAAAGAUGGCGCCCGGCGGGUGCGCGCGGUGCAAGCGCAUGCUGCAGCUGUUCCGGCUCCACGCCUCCGUCUGCGACCGGCCGGACCGGGCCUGCCGCGUGCCGCUGUGCAGCCAUUUCAAGGCCAAGGCGCAGACGGGGAAGGCGGACAAGACGUGGCGGCUUCUGGUGAAGAAGGUGACGAGGGCGAAGGUGAUGUCCUCCCUGGCCGAGAGGAAGGUGGUGCCGGAGGUCGUGGCCGAGUCAUGGGCGAGAUACAACCGUAGAGGAGCCAAGUUGAGAUGAGAAGAUUCAUUUCUCUAAUUCUCUUGUCUUGGUCGUGUAGUUUAACCCUUGUCGUUAGCAACGAGGUGUUGUGAGCUCAGGUUGUACUAUCUAUCGUCUAGUAGUUCUAGCUAGUGAUAGUCUACUUAGCACAUGUCACUUAUGACUUGCGAUGGUUAAACUUUUUCUUUUCCUUUGCGAUGGUUAAACUAUAGUGUUUA